AUGUAUCCAGAAGAUUAUGAAGUUAAAUCAAAGAGAGUGAUUCUACAGUGGAUAGCUGAAGGGUUUGUGAAGGAGGAAAGUGGAAAGACUUUGGAAGAAGUUGCUGAAGUAUAUUUAACUGAGUUGAUUCGUCGUAGUUUGGUGCAAGUAUCCUCAAUUAGAAUUGAUGGAAAAACUAAAAGUUGUUUUGUUCACGAUUUGAUACGUAUGAUGAUCCAUGAAAAGUGUGAGGAAUUAAGUUUUUGCAAGCAUUUCAAUGAAGAUGGUCAUUCAUCUUUAAGUGGAACUCUUAGACGCCUAUCAGUAACAACCAAUUCCAGUGAUUUCAUAGCACGUAUUGAAAACUCACAUAUUCGGUCACUACAACUUUUCACAAAUAAAAAUUUAGAUGAAUCCAUGGUGAAUAGAAUCUUGAAAAAGCACAGGACACUGAAGGUGCUUGAUUUUCAAGAUGACUCAUUGAUUAUUGAUUUUAAACAUUUUAGAAGUCUGGUCCACUUGAAAUAUUUAAGCUUCAAGAUUAGAUCCGAACAACACCAAAAUGUACUUCCCAAAUGGAUUGGUCUUCUCCUAAAUCUGGAGACCUUGGAUCUAAGGGCUUCUUAUUAUUGUAGCGUUAUACCAAAGGACAUUAGCAAACUUAGAAAGCUACGCCAUCUUAUGGGCUACAAGAUGUGUUUGUCUAAAUGGAAGGAUGUUAUAGGAUGCAUGGAAUCUCUACAAACAUUGAGUGCAGUGAAAAUUGGUAAGGGUGGAAUAGAGUUAAUUAAAGAGUUGAGAAAGCUAAGGCAGUUAAGGAAGUUGAACUUGUUUUAUGCGAGGGCAGAACAUUUUAGCGCUUUAUCUUCCUCAUUGAAUGAGAUGCGACACUUGAAAAAAUUAAGCAUUGUAUCAGGAUGGGGACAAGAUUUUGUUUAUGAUGUCAUUGAUUUACAUUUGGUUUCGCCUCCACCUAUGCUUCGAAAGCUUAAACUAUGUGGCAAGUUGAAGAAGUUUCCAGAGUGGGUUCCUCAACUUAAAAAUCUUGUUAAGUUUGAUUUAGCAAAUUCCUUCUUAAAUGAUGAUCCAAUUAAGUAUCUAGAAAACAUGCUAAACAUGUUGUCCCUCUCAAUCAUCUACAAUGCUUAUGAAGGCGAAAGCUUACAUUUUCAUGACGGAGGUUGUCAAAAUCUAAAGGAACUGUACAUUGGAGGCUUGCUCAACGUGAAUUCAAUUGUUAUCGAUAAAGGAGCAUUGCAUUCUCUAAAAUUGUUUGAGUUAUUCCAUAUCCCCAACCUCAAGACGGUUCCUUCUGGGAUCCAACACCUAGAGAAGCUUGAAGUUCUACAUGUUCCGUAUGAACUCCUUGCAUAA